ACCCAAACAUGGGAAAGACUUUGGGAUUCAAGCCUGAGAAAAAAUCAAGACCUUCUGAACUCCAGUUUUGCCUAGCAUCCUUGGAAUACAUUGCUAAAGCUAGUUGUACAGAUUUAACCUUCAACAAUAAAACUUUUUCGUUUGAUGAAAACAACAUUGCAUUGUUAGAAAUGAGGACUGCUAUAAAGAAUGUCAACCCAUUGAUUGAUAUGCAACUAGAGGAAAAUAAAGAUGCUAUAUCCUUGGCACUGCUUAUCAAAUACUUUAUCAAAAAAAUAAUGAAAGAAGUACAUUUUGAGGUAGUUGACACAAUGGAACAACAAGAACUGUUUAAGGAAAUUCAAGAAAGCGUAAAUAAUAUCUUAUAUUUCCCAGAAAAAUUGAAAACAACUUUUAUAGAAUCACUAACCAGUCGAAUUAAAGACAAGUCUAAGCUGCAUACAAAAUCGGAAAACAGAAAUAAAUUGAUUAAUGUGGAGGCAUGCGAGUACCAGUGUGCUAUCUUUGGUUUUAAUGAGAACUUUGCAUUUAGACUUUCAAACCUUGGCCCAAUGGGUCUUGAGCAUGGAAAUAUAUUGUACUUCUUUUCUACAUGGUUAGAGUCUUACUGGCAAGAAAUGUUAUCUGAAACAAAUCACAACCCUUAUGACCACGAAAGUAAUUUCAAAAAACUUGGAAUAAAUUCAGAUGUGUCAGAAAUAUUAAGUCGAAGCAUAAAGAUGAAUGUGAGAGAAAUGCAGACUUCUUUGUAUUGGGCAAAGUCUUACUUGAAAACUGUUUGGUUUUCACAUCCACUAAUUAGCCAAUGUAAUAAUGAAUUUUUACCAACUGAAGUUGAUAAGUGGAUAGAAUGCCGUGAGAUUAUAGAAAUAAGACAAAUAGAACUGUCCAAUAAAACUGCUAUAGGACACAUAAAACUAUUUAGAGCGUCUAAGCAAAGUAAACUAACAGAUUUGGCAGUAAAAAGGGAAUAUUGUAUUGAAAAUAAAAAUGUGUACUACCAUGGUACAGAGCAGUAUUGUUUAUAUGGGGAACGUGGGAAAGAUGGCAUCCUAAGCAAAGGAAUAGAUCUGAGGAAAGGGAACGGAAAACAAGACUUUUCACACAGAUGUGGUUUUUAUUUAUCAGAUACACUAGAUGCAGCCCGUGAAUGGGGAGGAAACAAAAGUCCGAAUGACCAUUGUGUCAUUGUUUUUGCAAUACCAGAAGAACUUUUGAACGCAGAAGGACAGGGAGGACUUGAUGUUACAAGUGAUGACGAAAAAUGGGGUAGGGUUGUCGACUAUUUUAGAAAUGGAGAGUCCAAUACAGAGUCAAAUUUCAAUGACAGUGAAUUAAACGAAAUAAACAAUGCAAAGUUUAUUAAAGGUAAUAUCUCUAAAAGAGAUAAGAGUGCCUAUACUAUUAACAACAUAGUUGUUAGACAAAUUUGUUUAAAAGAAAAGGAAUAUGCUAAAAGAAUCGAGAGCUGCAUACGUGCGAUAAUAUUUUAUCAUACAGAAAACUAGACAAUAUGAAAUUUGAAACAAAACAAAGCAGUCCCAUAUUUUAAAAGUGAAAUAGAUUGGCUAGGAUAGAUUGAGAAAUUUAAUAAAUAAAUAAACCUUCAUAUGAGAAAGCUGCAAAAUUUGUUAAAACAUUUCCCCUAAAUUUUGAAUAAAUUUCUGUUGUGUUCAACAAGUUUCAAACGUUUAACAGCAAAUUUAGAUUAUAAAAAGUAGUAUUAUAUAAUUAUGUCUGUGUCAGUUUCUUGAUAUUUUUGUAAAUGGCUGACUAAUACGUCUUUAAUUUUUUUAAAAGAAGAAUUUGGAUUGGUUUAUUUGGCCUAAUUGUGUUACCUAUAUUUUUUUUCAAUCUAUAAAAAAAUUUUGUUUAUUUAUUUUGUUUCUGUGAUAAGACAUAAAUGAAUUACUAUGAGAAAAUGAUUGUAAUUUUGUAAAAUCAAAAUAUUGAUUUUUGUUUAAGAUUUAUAUUAUUUUAAUGUAAAAUAGUCUGUUUUUUUAUCUAAAUAUGUUAAAAGUUAUUGCAAAAAAAAAUAAAAAUAAUAAAUCAUGUCAGAGUACAUUCUUUGACUAUAGCUUUCAAUGUGAGCUACUUUUUCUAAGAGCAUGUUUUUACAAUUUAUAAGUGUAUAUAUAUGUUUUAUUUAGCUUUUUUUAGCUUUUUUCUUUUAUUUAAGAUUUUAUUAAACUUCUGUAAAUAUAUUAACUUUUCAAAUUAAUAUUUGUUUGUAUUUAUCCACUUGAUGUAAAAAAAUAUAUUUUUCGAUAUAUUGUUUUUCACAUUACUUCACUUUCAAUAAAUUUAGUAAAAUAACUUACAUUGUUUCCGAUUAUAGAAAAUAAAUCCUCCGUUGGAAUAAUUUAUACCUUUAAUUAAAAUUACCUUUGCUAAAUCAUUACAGAAUAAUUUAUAAAAAGGAAAAGUUAAUAGAUUAGAGAAAUGCAAUCUAAUGUUUAAUAACAUAAUUAUAUAAAAUAUAAUUUUAUAUUAAUUUGCUUUGAAAUAUAUACAAUGUAAUAUUUUUCAACUUAUUGUAUGGACAUUAUCUUCAAAAAUACAUAUCUUUUUAAUUCAAUGCAAAGAGUCAGGCAUACUAUAUUAAAGAUUAACGAAAAUAAUGAUUGUUUUGUUUUGUAUUUAAGAAAAGCCAUCUAUACUUCUAUUUCAACAUUAAUGAACGUCGAGCUAGUAUAAAAUUAUUUUUUUACAAAGCUUAUAUCAACUUAAUAUGUUUGCCAAUCUGCUUAGUAAAAUAAAAUUACAUUUAUUGCUAGCACACUUAUUUCUCAGAUAACUUUAGAAAAAAAAUGUACCUACUAAAACAUGAAUAAAAUAAUAAUAAAAUAAUUAGUCAAUUAAAUAUUGGAAUUAAUAAUUUUUAACAUCAAUAAGGGAGAUAACUACUAAAAUACUUAGAUAUAGUUGUAAUUACGAGUUUUAUAACUGAGAAAAUCUUUUUUUUAAAUGAUUUUUUUUUGCUUGUUAUUUUAUUUCCUUUGAUUAAGUGUCCAUUUUAUCUAGAAAUAUAUGAACAUUAAAUAGCAAAGUUGUGAUAUAAAAAUAUAUAGUACUAUAUAAGUGUUGAUACUUCUAUACUUUUAUUAAAAUUUAAGUUAGUUUUAAUGGUGUCGAAUAUAAAUACACUUUUAUUUGACACAGCAAUUUACAUGUAUAUGACAAAAACGUAUAUUACCGUCAUGUACUUUUUAUCCUAUAGUAGAAUUUACUAUUGUCUGUAAACAUUUUAUAUAUAUGUUUGGUUUAUACUUAUGCCGGUUACGCUUGUUAUACAUUUAAUAGCACUGACAAAAUGAUGAUUUAUAGCAUAUUUGUUUAUUUUACAAAUGAAAAAUUAAUUACUUUUUUUUCAUCUUUAAUAUUACCCAUGCGUUUUCUAGCUUCUUUUCUAACAUAUUAAGUUAUUCAUUUUUAUGAAAUAUAUCGGCUGUGUAUGUACAUUGCAUGUAAUUGCGAGUCUUAUCUAUUUGUUCUCAUUGUCGUGGCUAAGUGGUAAAUCCCCUGCCCUCAAACCGAGAGAUUAGGGUUUAAAUGUCAAUAAAGACUGGGAUUUUUAAUUUUGGGAUUUUAUUGAUGCAACUGUUUCCACUUGACUCGAACGGAUAACUUCCUAUUUAAGAAAAGUAGAGGUGGUUUAUCGUUAAUCUUACUACAUGACACAUUGCUUUUUUACCUUGGGUAGAAAAUUAAUAUAUAACCUUUACAAAGUCUGUCCAUAGAUCAAAAGGUCUGAAAGGGGAUUCUUUUUUUACUCUAUGUAGCUAGGGAAAAGAGCUUAAAUUGAAUUCCGUCAGUUAAAUGUAGCCAAUUAAAAAGAUAACUAUUUGUCCCGCGAAACCAAGUUAGAAUCACUUAUAAGUCGAACAAUGAUUUUUUAAAAUAAUACAUUGUGUUUGUUUAUUUUACAAAUUUCUAAUGUCUCUAUCUGAGUCGAAACUCCCCUCAUGAGGGCGGAGGAUGUUGAAAAUAUAUUAAUUAUAAACAUUAUUUAAAAAUGUAUAAGUAUAUAUACAUUUUAACGACUAUCAUAAGAAUAUCUUCUUACAUCGCCUAACGACGCGUCGCAUAUAUCUAUUUCAAUAUUAAUAAAUUUACUGUUAACAAAAUAAUUAGUGCACAUUUAAUUAUUUUAAUAGUACUAAUAACAUAAUCUUUGACGAAGCUCGACCCUGGCAGUGCCAAAGAAUAAAUAUUACUUCAUUUCUAACAUAAUAAUAAUAUAAUACUAAUAAUCUUUAUUAUCGUAAGGCAAUGUGUUUAACUAUUGUGCUUUACACAUAACAUUACAUUUUUAAAAGUAAACCAUCAAUACGAUAGGCAACUAAUUUUUCGUCGAACCAUAUUUUCUAUAAAUCUGCAUUUUUAAAUAUUUCUAUUUAAAAAUAUCAUUUAUAUAGCUUAUAAUUCCAUUUUUAAAUAUAGUUAAUGUUCUGCACUAGCCAUCAGGACACAAUCACGAAAUUAUAGGUCUAUUACACAUUAAUCUGUCUAAACUUUAGUGUACAUCACUCAAUAGAUUUUAUUUUUAUAAAAAAAAAACAAAAAAAAAAACAUGCUUUAGGCUCUGAAUUUUUAUUUAAAAAUAAAUAGGUUAUAAACGAAACCAAAAAACAAUAGUUAUCAAAUAGAGAAAAAAAAAUAAAGAUACAAGAUACUAAAAUAUUACGGCUUUAACAUCAAUUGUAGACAGUGACGAGCUUUACAUGUAAAAGAUCACCAAUAGAAAUGAUUUACUUAAAUAUUACAAUUUAUCUCGAAACAUUUUUUUUUUAUUUAAAAAAUAGAAGUUUUAUGUUACUGCUUAAGCAAAGUUUUUACUUUAUAACGUUUUGUUUUCAUUAAACUUUAAAUAAAAUUUUCAUAUAUUAUAAUAUAAAUAUAUCUUUAAA